CCGGGGGCGGGGCGUGCGCGGGCAGAGCGCACCUCCGGGAGCGGCGCGGGCGGCGGCGGUGCGAACGGCGGCGGCCGCCAAGCAGGAAGAAGAUGAGCCUCAAGUCGGAGCGCCGAGGAAUUCAUGUGGACCAGUCGGAACUCCUGUGCAAGAAGGGAUGUGGCUAUUACGGCAACCCUGCCUGGCAGGGCUUCUGCUCCAAGUGCUGGAGGGAGGAGUACCACCGAGCCCGGCAGAAGCAGAUCCAGGAGGAUUGGGAGCUGGCUGAACGACUCCAGCGGGAGGAGGAAGAGGCCUUUGCCAGCAGUCAGAGCAGCCAGGGGGCCCCGUCCCUCACGUUUUCCAAAUUUGAAGAGAAGAAGACCAAUGAGAAGACCCGCAAGGUUACCACAGUGAAGAAAUUCUUCAGUGCUUCUUCCAGAGUUGGAUCAAAAAAGGGUAAUUUUCUGAUGCUUUCUUUCUUCUGUAUCUGAGGAAGAUGCAGAAUGGAUCUGUGAUGCGUGUGGGCUCAGCUUUCUGUUUUUUAUAAGCUUUUGAGAAUCCGAGCCCAGAUUUGAAACCAAAGUUACAUUUGAGGGUCAGACUGUAUGUGAAAGUAGUCCUUUCUCUGCCCAGAGGACGCAGUGUUCAGAGACACUUCUUUAUGCCGCAGGAGAACAGGGGUUGAAAUGUGGAGUUCUGUUUAUAAAACCCUCUCCCUCCAGGGGACGUCUCUUAGGUAGUUAUACUUUCUGUGUCUUUAUUUGUUGGAUCCUUGUUUGUUUUCCUUGAUAUCAUGCCUUGGUGUCCGUAGCUUAUUAGAAAUGGCUGUUUUAAGGCUCAGAAUUCAUCUAAGAGAGGCUCUCUCCAAGAGCUUCUCUGAGGGAUAGCUUAUAUCUCAAGGAAAGACAUGAGGAACAAAUAGGAAAAGUCUCACUUUCGGCCCUUAGGGUGCAUGAAAGUAACGCAUGUCAGGUGUUUUCUCGUGUAUUGAUUUAUAUAUAGAUGUCUGUAUUCAUCUUACUUUUUUUCCUUUUUGACACUAGGGAUUAAACCCAUGGGUACUUAACCAUUGAGCCACAUCCCUAGCCCUUUUUAUUUUUUAUUUAGAGACAAGAUCUCACUAAGUUGCUGAGGCUGGCUUUGAACUCGAGAUCCUCCUGCCUCAGCCUCCCGAGCUACUGGGAUUACACGUAUGCAUCAUUGCCCCGGCCUAUCCUACUUCUCACGCUGUCUAACCAACAGGAGGAUGUUACUAAAGUCACAUUUGUUCUGCCAGGGAGUAGACUAGUUGAAGUGGCCUAGUGUGAAACAGGAGAGUCUGUUGCUAGGGCCCAGUCUUGAACCCUGGAUGUGAGUGAUCGAGGUCCCAGUACAUUUGGAGUGGUGAGAGACCAGGAAUCAGCACUGAGGCUUGCAGAGGAGUUGUUCUCUCAGCACUCCCUCUCGGUUCUCCAGUGCCACCCUGAGUACUUGGUCUUCCUAAAGGUAGGGUGAUGAAAGAAUAGCACCCCAAGGGCCUUUGCUGGCCUUCCAGAUGUGAGGGGUGUUGCUGCUUUCUUUAUCAAAGGGAAAGGUGGCCUGUAGCCAGAAAUGCAGAUCUUGCUGAGGCUGAGGCAGGUGGACGCAAGUUCAAAGUCUCUGUAAUAGCAGGUCCUGUCUCAAACAGCAAUAAAUACCCACAAAGAAAUGUGCACCUUUAAUCUUUUUGUUCACAUGAUUAUCAUAGAGUUGUUUCCUGGUUGGCUGCCGGUUGUAGCAAUUUUCUCUCUAGUUGGUAAGAAGGGAAAUAAUCAGUACCUGCUACAGGUUAGUAAGAGUGCGUCUGGCUCAUGGCUUAUUUAUUUAUUUGCAGAAGGUGUAAUCGGGUGAUUAAAAGCGUGGGCUUUGGAGUCACUCUUGGUGUUUGUCUGGCUUUGGCUUUUUUGUGUGACCUUAGACAGACUAAUCUCUUUGAGUCCUAACUGUGCUGAGGGACAAAUAAUACUUAUCAGAGCAUGUGAUGAGGAUUAAGUGAGUCGAUGUGUAAGAGCUUAGCACAGAGCCUGACACACUAAGUCUCCAAUAUGUGUUAGCUAUUUUAAAAUGCAGGUUGUUUUUCUUUUGGAAUAAUCUGGUGUUAAGAAGUUCAAGGGCAUCAACCAAAGCCAUUCCCUCCUGUUUAACUUAAAUUCUGUUUCCUGCUGUGGGAAAGUCUCGUUAACUUUAUAAAUUUAUGACAUAUAGUGAAAUGGCAUGUAUUAAUUACAACAGACAAAAUAGUGAAAAAAAGUCAUAAAAUCAUUUGCUCAAACUGCC